UCUAAAGAACUCCAAGUAGAAAAGCCUCUGUUUGCAUUCACACUGACUCCCAGGCCAGUCCCAGGAGAAAAGCUGCUGUCAGCUCUUCAAGAAUGGGGGAAUGGACAUCAAAUAGCUGUCAUGUCAAAUUCGGUUGAAGAUACAGAGAGAAGGGCAUCAAUAAAGAACACAAAAGAUUUAGAGCUUGUUUUCAAAUGUGUAAAUUCAAGUAACACUGGAUUUCUUAAUGAAAUUGAAGUAUACAAUGCUCUAGAGUUACUUGGAUUAGUAGUUAAUAAUGGAGGAAAAGAGCACAUAAGGAAAUUCAUG